GCGACGGCGACGACGCCUGCGCACUCGCCCACCGCCUCUGUGCGCCGAGCGGAAUACGUGCGACCCGGCGCUCGCCUUCGUCGUCCUUAGGUCUGUGUGCUCUGUUGGCCAAUCUUGGAACUGAGUGCUCGUCUUCUUUUUUUACAAUCCCCGCUCAUUAUCCUUAGGUCUGUGUGCUCCGUGGGAAAGAGUUGGGACUGAGUGCUCGUCUUCCCGUGUGUGUCUCACGCUAAUCUUUCUUCAGACUGUGUAAGACUCCAGAAUCAGUGCUUCGGACCUUCAUCCACAAUCCUAGAGAGUGAGUGCUUGUCUUCAUGCGUAUGUUCCAAGAUUGACGUUUUUGGGCCGUUCUCCCGGUUUGAGUUUUCAGUAAAAUCUGAUGACCAAGGGCUUGUCGUCGGAUUUUGUGUUCUUCGCUCGACGUUCUUCGUACCCUGUGUUCCGUUAAUAAAAAGGGAAUGAGUGUUCGUCUUCCGAGCUGUAAUACUCCUUCAUCGUGCAGUGAUUCCCGGCAGUGAAAUUUGGGACUGGCAACUGGCCCGGGUGCUCGUCAUUGCGCCAGUGAACGGAGUGCUUGUCAGUACAUUUGGGACCGAGUGCUCGUUCUUGCGACAGCGUUGGGAGUGGGCGAAGUCCUCUUGACGAGGUACUCGUACGGGUUCCUAGUGGUUGAAUUUUCUCGUUAGGUGUCCUUCGUUUUUUCCGCUUUUGUACUCGUACCAAAAGGCUGAUGUAUUGAUACUGCGGUAGACAAUUCUAGCUGAUUUUUAUUUCAAUGAGAGAGAGAGACGGACGGAUUCCGCAAAUUGACUGUUUGUUGUUCAUUGUAUGGCAGUUCUUAUCGCUUGUAUUUUUUUAUGGUUACGUAAUACAGUCCUAUCUGUAAACGUGGCAAGUUAUUUAAUAUUUUGUACUUUUCAAAAAAAAAAAAAAAAUACAUCGUCCUUGUCGAAACUGUGCGUUCACUUUUUCUUCAAACUAUUAGUGAAGGUAAACUUUUCAUAUACAAAGUUAAAUAAUUCUGGUGGACUUUGGAGUGGUCGUAGUGAAAAUCGUAUCUAUCCGAUAAAUGUGAGGAGGAAGUGAAAUUAAAGCUGACUUCUGAAACUCAUCUGUGACAGUUACCUAUAUUUUGUGAACAUAUGUGGCAACAUUAAUAAGUGAAUUGUGCCAAAUCAUCUGCUUAUAAUUUAAGUUACAGAAGAAAAAACAAUUAAUUAACAUUAUUUACGAACAGUGCACUUUUGUGAAAAAAUUAUUCUUCAAAAAACUUUAAUUUCGAAAUCCGAGUGAGUCAUCAUGUUGUCUCCGUGGUUCCGCUUGCUCCCACUGGUUGUGCUGCUGGCAGCGCUUGUGGGGUACUCGGAGGAAUUUGUGCUGGUCUCUUCACGUUCCGGGUCGGGGUCGGAGGAGGCGUCGGCGACGGCGUCGGCGUCGGAGCGGCGCGAGGCGGAGCGGGCGCUGCGGGCGGAGCUGGAGGCGGCGCCGCUGGGCGUGUUCGCGGCGCCGGGCGCCGGCCAGCGCUUCGCCCUCGAGGCGACGGUGCUGCUGAACGAGGCCGGCGCGCGGCCGGGCGCCGACGUGGGCUUCCAGCUCACCGCCCGCGUCGACGCCGGCACCGCGUGGGUGGACCCGCUGCAGCAGGGCGUGUCGGAGGCGCAGCUGCACAUCAAGUCGCGCAAGGCGCCGUCGCCCGAGGGCUUCGUGGCGCACUCGUCGCGCCUGGACGCGCUGCCGUCGGCGCCGCUGCUGGCGCUGUGGGAGCGCGGCGCCGUGGCCUACGUGUGGGCGGCCAAGGGCGAGGACACCGCACUCUUCAAGGUGAAGAAGUGGUCCGCCAAGGAGAAGGACGCUUCGGGGCGCUGUGACGUGACCUACUCGCUGCUGGACGAGCAGACGGUGUACAAGGUGAAGGACAACUGCAUCAACGGGAAGCAGGUGCCCUACCUCGCGCAUCCAGACCCGGUGCUGGGUGCGGAAGUGACGUCCCACCGCUCGGCGACGUUCACGCUCUCGAGCGACCUGGCGCUGCUGGAGUCGGUGGUGACGUCGGAGCAGCACCAGAUGGCGGUGGUAGCGCGCCCGGAGGCGGCCAGCUCUGUGCUCGCCACCCAGCAGCUCGUGCGACAAGGCCCGGUCAAGAUACAGACUGUGGUGGCUCCAAACCUGAAUGACGUCAUCAAAGAAAUGGAGAAGCGGGAAGGCAAGGAUUACGUCAAGCACAUCACAGUUCUUGAGCGAGAACCUUCGUGUGUCGAUGACUGUCCGAGUUUCAGCCAGCUGGUGAAGGAGCAGCGCGCGGCGCUGGAGGCCUCCGCCGUGGGGUCCCUGCGCUCCGCCAAGGCCUUCACGCGCCUCCUGCACGCCGCGCGCGCCGCCAAGCGGGAGGACCUCGUCAAGGCGCUCAAGAGCUCCAAGAACAGGGACAUCCUGCCGCAGCUGUGCGAUGUGCUGGGCUCCGCGCAGACGGCGGCUGCGCACGAGGCCGCCAUGAAGGUGCUGCGCCUGGACGCCGACGACGACCUGGACGCCGCCGAGCGCUACCUGUGGGCGCUCUCCUUCGGCGUGCACCCGCUGCCGCACGUGAUCGGGGAGGCGGAGGCGUCGCUGAUGGCGGCGCUGGGGCGCUGCGCGGACGACGCGUGCCGGCUGCGGGUGCUGCGCGCGCUGCGCAACCUGGCGUCGCCCGCGGCGCUGCGCGAGCUGCUGGCGCUGGCCGAGGGCGGGUCGGGGCGCGUGGCGGCGGCGGCGCUGCGCGCGGCGCGGGCGCUGCCUCGCGAGGACGGCUGGGCCAGCGACGAGGCGCAGCGCGCGGCCUGGAGGGUGUUCGCGCAGCGGCGCCGCCGCCACGACUCCAGCGCCAGGACGCUCGCGCUCGACCUGCUGCUGGAGGCGCACCCGCCGCCCGACAGGCUGGCCGAGCUCAUGGCCACCGCCGGGCCCGCUUACAACGACUCCGCCUUCGAGGUGAAGCGCUACCUGUGGCAGCGGCUGCGCCAGCUGGGCGAGGAGGCGCCGGCGCUGGCGGCGGCGGCGCAGGCGGCGCUGCAGCGGCCCGAGGCGCGGGGCGUGCGGGGCAACUGGGACGCGCACGCGCUGCGCGGCGUCUCCACCGCCCUGACGCGCCGCUUCGCACGCGGACCCGGCGCCAACGCGUCGCUCAGCACCGUCCAGGAGACCAGCGGCGGCCUGCUCAAGCGCGGCGCCGUCGACGUGCGCCUCGAGCGACACGGCGCCACCAACACGCUCUUCUCGCUGGGCAUCUUCGCGGGCGGGCUGGGCUCGUUCGUGUCGUCGGGCGCGGGCGAGGAGGAGGGCGCGGGCGACGAGGAGCCGGCCACCGCCGGGUUGGAGCUGACGGUGCUGGGCGUGGGCGUGCGGCCCUUCGUCUUCUUCGCGGGGCAGGGCGAGCUCAUGGGCCACGUGUGGUCGGGCACGGGCUCCGAGCGGACGCCCGCCUUCCAGGUCCUGACACUACUGCAAGACCACCAGCAGAGCAUUCCACUGCAGUGUGGAUUUGUGGCAGAGCUUACUCUGACAGGAGCUGCGUCAUUUGACCUGGCAGGACAAAUCCAGCUGAGUCUUUGGAACCGAAAUGCGCAGUCACUUGUUGAGAAAAAUGUUGCACUGCUGUUACAGGGAUUGCUGCGUGUAGACAGUAGUUUUGUACGCAGCCAGGUGGAAUUCAAUGUUGCAACAGAACCUCGUCUGGAGCUGUCUUCAGAUGUAGACUUUUAUGACAAAGUUGCCCUCUGUAUGCAGUUGCGGCAACCAGAUGCUGAGCUCAGGCAUAAUGUGCAUAAAGUUGAGCGGAUUCCUGGCAGCAAACACCGACUGAGAAAAUCCAAAUACCAGACUGUUCACAUACCAGGCAAAACAUAUGCGCUUAACCGACAAAACAAUGAGAUGUGUAGCACCAUAUUUGCUAAUAAAUAAAGUUUUUCUGUUUAUUGAAA